AUGCGGAGGGGUAAAACGAAAGAACAAAUUUACAUUGCCGCAAAUGGCGCCUUUCUAAAUUACAACGGCGCAGCUUCGACUGAAGAGUUGACUUACAAAAACGACUGUCAGAUCUGCCCACUACAUAACCGUACGGGGGCUCAAGAUGAAAGACAUGAUGAAUGUGUAGGCCUAUGGAAUAUCCACGAGAAGGAAAUAAAGAAGAAACUCACAGUGCCCUUCACAGCUCCCUAUUAUUUUUUCUCCUACCACGUGACGCACAUAUGUGUAAAUCCGAAGGAUAAAAAUAUGAUCGCGGUGGGGUAUGUUAAUGGAUGCAUCAAAGUGUUUGACGUCGAAUCGAACAAAGUAACUUCGACUUUCUCAGGACAUACAUCAGCCAUAAAUAAAUUGAAAUUUAAUGACGAUGGGAGUUAUCUCUGCUCAUGUGGAAAGGACACCAAUGUCAUACUGUGGGAUGUGGUGAACGAUCAAGGGUUGUUUAAGUUGGAAGGACACACCAACGUCGUAAACGAUAUAGAGUUUCUCAAAAGGAGAAAUAACUAUGUGGAUAAUUUUGUUAAUAAUAAUCUGCUCAUCAGUGCAUCGAAAGAUUGUCUCAUCAAAGUUUGGGAUUUAAACAUUCAGCUCUGUGUACAGACUGUUGUCGACUGUGAAGAAGAAAUCACUUCCAUCCUGAUUAACGAAACGAACACGAGAUUAAUCGUCGCUUGCAAUUCGGCCAUAAAGGUGUACAAAAUUGACAUCCUUAUUGGCGGCCACGACAAGUUUAGCAGCUCCUCCAAAGUGUACCUCAGCGUCUUAGCCUCUAUUAAACGCGCAAGCAACAGUCGAGUACAAAAUAUGAAGAUGAUUUUUCUUGUUCAAAGUGAGACCCACUAUGAUGGUCUCGAUAUGCAAGAGGAGCGUCUGCUCUAUGAUGAGGAUAGCGAUAAAGAUAGCCAUAACCGUAACCAUCGUGAUGACGACAUUUGGACCCAUUUGGAGAAAGACCAAGCCCCAGACGGAGAGGCUGCUCAGAAUAGCGACACUCCUAAUGAUGGGAACGCAAAGGGGAAGACAAAAAACCGGGAUGAUCACCUAAGUGAGAAUUUGUCCCAUGGGAAGAAACCCAAUUCGGACGUCAAGCAGACCGAUAAACACAUUUUAAGUGUUAUAAAGAAAUCACUCAACACUUCGGUAAAAUUGUGCAACCGAAGCAACUACUGCGCCGAUGGGGACAACAACGGGAUUCUACUCUGCUGUACAAAUGUAAAAAAAAUCGAGCUGUACAAAAUAAACUCGGUGAAGAAUCAGAAAAAAUCAGAAAAAAAUAGAAAAAAAAGAAUCAUAGAAAAAUUGAAGAAGAAGAAAAAAGCCAUUUUGAAAGAAGCCAGAAGGAUCGAGAAGUUUAAAGGAACCCAACACAUAGAUUUUAUCAACUUGAUGGAGGAGGUGAGAAGUCUGGACGAAGAAAUUGCUGUCCAUGGGAAGUAUCACUUCCACACAGCCAAUGAUGAGGUGAAGUUUCUCUUUUAUUACAACUGCAAAUUCAGGCUGCAGUACCUGGACCUGUAUCGCAGGAGGAAGAGGGACUCCCAUAUCUACCUCCUCGCUGCGUACGUCACGAAUCGUUUGAGCGUGUUCCAGGUGAACCUCUUCGACGUUUUGACUAAACGGGAUGAGUUCGUCGUUAGGGAGGCUGACCCACAGGAGGGGGGUGACGCGGAAGAGCGCGGUGAUGGGGAAGGUAAUGAUGACGAAAGGGGUGAUGGCGAAGGAGAUGAUGACGAAAGGAGUGAUGGGGAAGGUGAUGAUGGGGAAAGUGAUGAUGGGGAAGGUGAUGAUGGGGAAGGUGAUGAUGACGAAAGGAGUGAUGGGGAAGAUGAUGAUGACGAAGGAGAUGAUGACGAAGGCGAUGAUAGCAAAAGCGAUGAUGACGAAGCCGAUAAUGACGAAGGCGAUGAUGAUGAAUCCCACCAGGAUCACGCCCCCAAGGGUGAAUCCCGCGGCCACCUCAGCGCGCCUGCCAAGAUUGUGGAGAAAAAGAUAUAUGACUAUUCCAAGUGCUUCAAGGAGACGUGCGAAAUAAACAAGGGGCACAACAGCACGGUACAGUUUCUGAGCCUUUCCGAGAAGAACGAGCUGCUGGUCUCCAUCUGCAAGAAGUACGUGAAGCUGUGGAGCAUGCGAACCUUCCAGAAUACCAUCACCAUCAAUUUGGAGGGCUGCACGAAUGCGCUGUUCUGUGAGGAGGACGACUAUCUGCUCAUUAGCGAUGACGCUGGGUAUAUCUAUCUGUACGAAUUGAGGAACAUUGAGGUGAGGCACUCGCACAAGGCCCACGCGAAUGGGAUCAUCAGCAUGUGCAAGAAUGUGAGACAGAAGAAUCGGUUUUUGUCCGUCGGGGAGGAGAGCUACUUGAAGGUGUUUGAGUUGUACUGGCGGGAGGGGGGCGCCGAAUCGGGUGGUGAAUCGAGUGGUCAAUCCAGCGUUGAAUCUAGCGAUGGGGAGAGCGAUGGAAGAGGCGAAUUGGACGGAAGAGGACAACGCGGUGGAAGAGAGCAGAGGGAGGGCGCCCCACUGGGCAAAGCGGCUAGGAGAGCGAAUAAGCGGCGGAAAAUAAGCGGCUCGGGGGAAGCCCAAUCUGCAGAAUUACCGUCGGACGGGGAGGAGGAGACCGAAAAAAACACCGAAAAGAACAGCGACAAAACGACCCACCUCAGCUUCAACGAAGCGGACUGCUACAACCUAAGCGACAAAGUCAGCUGCGCAAUUUAUUCACCCAACGGAAAAUACAUCUGUGUGGGCUACCUGAACAAUUUGAUAGAAGUUCUCUAUAGUGAUACGCUAAAGCUGCACCUAACAUUGUAUGGGCACAGUCUGCCCAUCACGUGCAUGGAUAUAUCGAAAGACAACACGGUGCUGGCAUCGAGCUCAGCAGAUAAAUUUCUCUUCCUAUGGAACAUAGAAUACGGAAGUAUCAUGAAGAGGAUGCACACCAACUGUGAUGUCGUCACAAAAGUGCAUUUCUUUAACAAGAGCAAUAAUCUGAUAAGUAUAUCUAGAGAUGGGUUCAUAAAGAUGUGGGACGCAAUAAAAUUCCAGUGCAUCUGUACCAUGGAUGGUAAUUUUGGAGUGCUCACUUCGCUAGCUAUAAAUACAGAGGACAAUUAUUUCCUAACGUCAGGAACGCAUCGAAGUAUUAGAUGCUGGACGAGAAGAGAAGAUGAUUUGAUUUUCCUAGAAGAAGAAAGAGAUAAAGAAUUGAAUCUGCAGAUUGAGAAAGAGGCCGUCCGAAAUGAUUUAUCCUAUCCAUCCUCUGUGGAAAAAAAUGCUCUUCUAACCAAGGCCACUAUUAAAACGAUAGACACGAUAAAAUCAUCGGAGAAGCUAAUAGAGUAUCUGGACAUAAUUGACGAGGAAUUAACCCUAAUGGAUGUUUAUUUUAAAAAUUUAACAGAGUAUGAAGAAGCUAAAAGGAAAAAUGAACUUCCUGAUUUUGUUCAGCCUCCAAAUAAGGUGAAGCCCAGACCAGAACUGCUAAAUAAAAAUCCAUUUGAGUUCAUCAUUGAGGUUAUGUGCAACAUUAAGAAGAACAUUUUACAUGAGGUGUUAAUUUCAUUGCCUUUUUCCUAUGCCUAUAAGUUACUUAAUUAUAUCAAGACGUAUCUGAUGGCAUUUUAUUUCUUCCAGCGCAUUCAAAAUGAUUAUGGGCAAUAUAAAAUCUGUGGAGAGUUCAGUUUCCACGUCGAGUAUUCCAUUAACGUCGUGCUGUCUAUUGUGAAUAUUUAUCGGAACCAAUUCCUGUUUGACGUGAAAUUUAGAUUCCUUCUGUACGAAUUGCAUCAGCUCAUCAUUCCGCACCUGAGGAGGUCCCUUGACCAGUGUGCCUUCAACCAGAGCACCCUCAGCUUUCUGCUGCAUGCGCUGGACGACGAGGAGGUGGAUGCUGAAGGAGUGAUGUAG